AUGGCGACGACGAAACCUGGCGGCGUGGACGGCGGCGGUGGAGUUGCUGCCGGUGGGGAUGCUCCGGGCGGCGGUGCUGGAGAUCCAACGGAGUACUGCGGGAGCUCCUAUCCCUCGAGCGCGCUGCCUCUUCCCCAACCGCCCUCGCCGCCGAAGUCGUUGGAAUACGCGGCGGCUACUGCAUUCACCCAGGCGGUGAAGGCCAAUCCCACGGGCAGCCACCAUUUUGCCUCGUCCUUCGGCGGUGUGGACUUGGAUGAUGAAGAAUGGGAAGUGAGGUUCCAUUUCCUAGACAGAGAUAACUUGGAAAGAACAAUCUGUUUAUCAGACAUAACCUUCUGGAAUCUCAUUGCCCUAAUAGAGGUAGAAGGCUAUAGUUCAAGGGAUUUUAUGUAUUAUGUUAGAGAUCCAGGAGCUGGGGUGUCAGGAAUGGAAGAAUUAACUGAUGAUGACAAGGUGGAACAAAUGUUGGAUCACAUAGCUAGUAAAGGAAAGAAUGUUGUUAACAUUAUAGUUAUGAGAAGUGAUGCACCUAGACCAAUUGAUUUGAACAUUGGCCAUGCUUAUGAAGAGCAGGUUCCUUUGUCAGAAAUAGGUGUACCAGUUGUCUAUGAGCGAAAGGGCCCAUGUGAACCUGAGUUUGCUUUGGACAAUGGUAAUGAGAGGCAUGAGUAUUUCAUGGAGACAGACCAAGAGCAAGAGCACAUUGAGCAGAUGAUGGAGCAGAAAAGAAAUGAAGAAAUUCAGAGGUACAAGAGUCAUAAGAUACAAAGAGAGAAGUACAAGGCAGCAAAAAGAAAACUCCCACAGCUGCUUGCUGAGGAGUUCACUGAUAGUGAAAGUGAGGAUGAAGAUCUAGAAGAUGAGGACAUAUUGGCUAGGUUGGAGGCAAUGAAGAGGCAUAGGGAUGAUCCACUAUAUCACUUUGAAGGAGACAAUGAUGUAGAAGAGCUAUAUGGACCAGAUGAGGAGGAGGAGAAUGAAGGAAGAGAUGAAGAGGAAGGACAGGAGGAGCCACUAGAUGAGGGCUUGAGAGGAGGAAGCAGUGUAGGAGGAAGCAGUGCAAGAGGUAGCAGCAGCACAGGAGGAAGUAAGAGGAGGGGGAAGGGGCCAACAACAAGAUCCCAUGCAAGUUUGGAUCAAAUCAUAGAGCAAGACUGGGCACCUUCAUCUGAUGAGGAGAGCAACCCAGGUGACUUAAGUCAGGAAGAGAAUGAUUGGGCUCAGCUUCCAGCAUUUAAGCUACCAAAUGGUAGGAAGAGCAGGGCCAAAAAGAAUAAAGUUAGGGUUUGGUAUGAUGAGAAGAGGGUCAUUGCUGCUUCCAAAAUUGCACAUGAGAAGACAUUUUGCAUAAAGAAAAUGAACUUGUACCACAAUUGUCCUGCUGUUGGAGAGAGCACCAAAGUGACUGCUAGGUGGUUGGCACAUGAGUGUGAGCAACAGUUAAGGUCUGACAUAAACACACCAGUCCAGGCAAUAUUGGACAAUUUGAAGAAAACACAUGGAAUUGAAGUGUCCAUUCACAUGGCCUACAGGGCAAGGAAAGCAGCUAAGAAAGUUGUCCAAGGAGAUCAGAGGGCACAAUACACUAGGAUAAGGGAUUACCUCCAAGCUGUGCUAGAUACCAAUCCUGGAAGUAGAUGCAUUGUUACAACAAAGCAUUUAAAGACUCAUCCUAGCAUAAACCCUAGAUUUCAUGGCUUGUUCAUGUGCCUCAAUGCUUGCAAAGAGGGCUUCCUAAAUGGUUGCAGACCCUUCAUAGGUGUUGAUGGUUGCUUUGUUAAGUUGACAACAGGGCAACAAAUAUUGGCUGCAACUGGAAGAGAUGGUAAUAACAACAUCUUUCCCAUUGCAUUUGCAAUUGUUGACAAGGAAGACACUGCCAGCUGGUCCUGGUUUCUAACCCAGCUCAAGUAUGCUCUUGGUGGUGAGUCAGGGAAGUAUGGCAACUACACUAUCAUAUCUGAUAGACAAAAGGGCGUUCUUAAAGCCGUAAACAAUGUCUUCCCAAAUUGCCCUCAAAGAUUCUGCCUUAGACAUAUUUAUCAGAACUUUCAAACAGCUGGCUUUAGAGGUGAAGAGUUAAAGAAGUAUAUGGAUCAGGCUAGUUAUUCAUAUACUGAGCAUGGUUUUGAUCAAGCAAUGGAAGGCAUGAAAAGAGAGUGUGAGGCAGCUUGGAAAUGGCUUAGAAAGAUACCCAAGCAUACAUGGGCUAGACAUGCCAUGGACAAAAAUUGUAAAACUGAUUUGGUUGUUAACAAUAUUAGUGAAGUUUUCAACAAAAUGAUACUUGAUGUGAGAGGGAAACCAAUUAAAACCAUGGUUGAUGGCAUCAGAACCAAAUUGCUAGUUAAGUUCAAUGCAAACAGGACCAAGACUGAGACAGCCAAGUGGCAGAUAUGCCCAACAUAUGCUGAAAAGCUAGAAGAAGCAAAACACCAUGCUAGAUACUGUCAGUCCAUCAAAGCAGGACCUGAUCUAUACCAGGAAAAUAGGAGAGUUGAUGCACCAGCAGCAAGGGCAAGAGCUCCUGCUACAACCAGUGCAACACCAAGGACAGCUCCAUCAGCUCCAGAUGCAACUAGGGCUGCAACUAGGGCUGCACCUAGAGCAGCUCCUUCUGAUCCUGCUCCAACAAGGCCAACUUCAUCUUCUGCUGCUGCUUAUAGGCCUAGUUCAUCUUCUGCUACUGCUGCUAGGUCAAGGGCAAAGAGAACAUUCAUACCACCAAGAGUGUCAGGUACUGGAAGAGUGAGAAAGCCAUCAUACAAGAUGUCUGAAUGGUUUAAUUGUUCUCAAGGCAGCAAGAAGUGA